UUUUUCAAAAAACAUAGGUACAUUAUUAGUGAAAAAUGACCAUAAAUCAUACCCCUAGCACAUUUGGACUAAAAGUUUUCCUAGUGGCCAUACUUUUAAGAGUUUAGAAAAUAUACGAUUUUGUAGCUCUUGAAAAGCGCUAUCGAAUGAGCUAUACCAGAAUUUUGGUCAUUUUAAUUCUUUCGAUGAAAUAUUUAUUGAAAGAUAAAAAUUACUGAUAAAUAUAGGCUAUAUGUCAACAGUGUCUCAUAAUAUGCCAGAUCGUGUUCUGACUAAAUCGAACAAGGGACUAUUGAUUCUUAUAUAGGACUAAAGCCCCAUCAAGAAGCUAUGAAAUACUUAAUUUCACAACCAUUUUUCCAUAUCAACUUAUACCGAAACUGGGGCGACCAUGGAUAUGAUCGAUUAUUGGAGUAGUGCCCAAAAAUGAGUAACUUUGUAAAUAGCUUUUCGCUUCAAAAAUUCGAUUGAAACCCCACGAAGAUAGCAUCAAAAUGUUCGUUUUAACUUGCUCUUUCAAAUGAUGUAUGAUUCAAUAGGGUUAUCCCGAACAAUUCCUAAUGGGCCGAUUUGACCUCUUAUGCGCCCCCGUCCUUUACCAAUUAUUUUUUUUAACCAUUAAUUAACUCAAUCUUCUACAUAUGAAAGAAGUGGCCAAUAUCGACACAAUAAUAAUGAAUUUAAAAGCAAUGACAAAGAAAUGUUAUAGUUGUUUAUAUGUACAUAACCGUUUUAUUUCUCAUUAUAACAAAAAAUGUCUUUCAUCGAAAUAAUUAAUUUUCUUUAUCAUUGGUUCAAUUAUUUCUGCAUUCAUGUCAUCAUAAUUAUAAAUAUUGAAAUGGUCGUUUCUUAAUUUGACAUAAGUUAUUUUCACAUAAUUAUUUAAAACCAUUAAGAUUCAAACAACUUCAGACUUUUAUUCUUCUACACAAAUAUUAACUUCAAAAUUUAGUAGUAUAAUACUUCAAUCAGAUGUCUUUAAUUGCUGAGUAUGAGAUCAUAUUCCAGCUUGAAUGAAUCUAAUGAGUUUCUACCUGAAUUCAUAUUCGAGCCAUAUCGAUUCGGGUAUCAAACAGAUUUGAAGAACUCUAAUGAAUAUUUUGAAAAGACAUUUAUAUUUUUCAUGUUGGAUAACUUACUUGAAUAAAUUAAAGUGAUGUUACAUAGAUUCAGCAUUUAGCACUAUCGGUUGAUUAUUUCAUAGAGUAGAACGAUGAUUAGAAAGGAUAGACGAGUGAAUUCAAAUAUAUAUUGAUUAAACGAUACUUGACAAGAAAAUAUUAUCUUUUCAUCAAGAAAAUGUUCCAGAAAAAGAAGAUGUUUUUCUGAAUAGAAUUAUAUUUAAUGAAUAGAUGAGAAGAAAUUAUAGAAUUUCUCAUCCCUAUUUGUAGAAAAACUCAAAAAAAAUUAGAUAGAAUUUAUUUAAAUGAAUAAAUUUAUUCUUUUUUUUUAAUAGAAAUUUACAAUGUCAAGUCAAAGAUCUUAACGCUGUGGACAGUAUCAUUUCAAAGUAGACAGUUCAAUCAAGAUGAUAUUCGAUUGCGAAAUGUUACAAGAAUUCAAUUAGGACGUUCUUUUAGUCAUUUUCACAGUAUGUAUGCAUUGUCCUUUUCUCCGAAAAUUGAUAAAAUAUAAAUUAGACCUUUCGCUUUUAUGAUCAUCCCAGUUAUAUGAGUUCUAGACUUGAAUCAUCAAAUUCAUAAUAGAAAACCUGUCUUGAAUUAAAAAAUAAAGAAUCAUAUAUAAAUGUUCUCUUUCCAGCAUGACACUGUAUAUAUCUUCAAAAAGAAACUGUUUUCAUUUGAAAUUAUUCAAAUGAUUGGUUAAAUUUCAAAUAAACUUUUCAAUAUAUUGAAACAUUUCAGUUUAAUCAAAAUAUCAUUUAGAUAAUUAAAUUAUUUAUCUAUACAAAAUAGAUGUUAGUAGAAUCUCUUAUGGAAUUAAAAUAUAAAACAUAAUUUAAUUGUUUUUAUUGUAAAUAAGCAAAGGACUUUGCUUUAUUUUGUCAUCUAUCUUAAAUCAUGACAUCAUAUAUGUGCUUUUGCAGAGUAACUUGCGACGCAUCAAAUGAUAUUUAAGAAGUCUAGUUUUUCUUAAAUUUUGAUAUUGUUAGAGUGUAGACAUGGAUGUGAACUCAGAUGUAAAUGUAAGAGAGGGCAUGUCCGAGUAUAGACGUGACUGUAUAUAAGUGUGAUUAUGAAUGAUUUCUGUUCACCUACACUAACAAUUACACAUCUCACCAGAGUUCGGUAGUUUCAAAAUUUACCUGGAACCGGAACCGUAAUUUUGGCUCGGUUUUAGGUAGAAAAAAACGAGAAACGGGCGGUUUUGGUUCAGUUUACACAAUAUCACUUGACGUCGGAACUGUUAAAGUAUUCUAUAAAUACAAAAUAUUUUUGAGAAAUUUAAAUUCUUUUAUUCUUGAUAUAAGAAAAGCAUAAUGUUUAUUGAAGAAGUAUAUUGUUCAAAACAUAGAAGAGAGUAAAACAAUAAGAAAAUCGUUGACAAAGAUUACAUUUUCAAAAUAUACUUCUUUCAAUACAGAUAAUACUUAAAAAUAAUUAAGCUUUGGUUCUCUUAGCGGUUCUUGAAUGGCUUUUCCGGUGCUAGUUCCAAGAAGCUAAAAAAUGUCAGUUUUGGUUCUGUUUUCAGUUCCGCUUUUCAUGAAACCGUCGAGCUGUAUACCUUACGCAUAGCUCUUUCCAUCAAUCCCGAUCCUUCCUAGCCAUAAUUACAUGCCUUUUCGAUAUUUUAUUUUCAAUAUUUUUAUAUUCGACAUUUAUAUCAGAGAUGAGAUCGGUUCGGUUUGGAAAAAAUGCCAAUCAAUCCUAUCUCUGAUUGAUAUCUUUGACAUAUUUAUAUUUCGAUGCUUUUAUUUUCGGUAUUUUUUUUCGUUAUUUGUAGGUCCAAGUUAUCAAUUAACAGAUCCAGAUAAAAUACGUAUAAAAGUAUUUGCUCGUCUUAUUUCAAUGCCUGUUCAACUCAAAUAUUUUCUUGCUGACAAAUUUGAAUGGCUUUUAUAUAUUACACAGUAUGCUUUGGAUGAUUUGCGACACAAUGCAUUAAGUACUGUUCAAUAUGCUGAAUUUAGUAUUCCAAGUUGUCAUCGUAGUCGAAAUGAAUCAAGUCAUAUUGGUAAACAUCUUGUACCUCUUCUUAGUACUUAUAUGCCUAAUUUACAAACGUUACGUCUUUGGAGACCAGAUGACUUUCCUUGGACAUCAAUUCGACCUGACAUUCAAUCUGAAAAAUUUUAUGGAAAAUUAGUUAGACAAUGGCUGAAGUUUUUACAUACGCCUCAAUCUAUCAAUGAACAUGUGAAUGUUUUUGAUCAGGAUCUUUGUCAAUUAAUUGAACAAUUAAAAAAACUUGUCUAUCUUGAUAUUCAUGGUUGUAUUUCUUAUGAUAAAAUUGAACCUUACCGUUUAAGAGUUCAAACUCGCUUUCCAAAUAGUCGAAUUCAUAUUUCUGCAUCAAGAUUUCGUCUUUGGAUAUAA